AUGCUACCGUUUCUCUUCCCUGACCUCGCCUCCUUUCCCACUGUUGCUGACCUCGUUACCCACCUCCGUGCUAGUGACACCCGCUACCGCGCUGCCCUUCCUGCUGAGUUCCGCGCUGCGAACCCUCCUCCCAUGUACAUCACUCUCUACUUUCUCGUCACCCGUCUCCUGAGUCCCUUCGUGUCCGUUAGGGACCAGUUUCUCUCUGUCUGUCCCACCACUCUCACUGUCGACCUCCUUGAGGAGUCCCUGCUAGCGGCUAGAGAAGAGUAUUGUCGCUGUAGGGGCCUCUCGGGUCGGUCGGCGCGGCGUCUGCCCCAGCGGCAGACGCCGCUCUGGCAAGGCAAGGGGGCAAGGGAGCGGGUGGAGCUAGAGGGGGCGGUGGGAGGAGGCGGUGGGGGUGGCGGGGGGAGUGGGGGGUGGCGGUGGGGGUGGUGGCGGGAGUGGAGGUACUGGUGGCGGCGUGGAGGCGGAGGUGGCGGCGGAGGUGGUAGCGGAGGAGGCGGUGGGAGCGGUGGGAGGCGACGGUCCUGGUGGGGGAGGUGGCGGUGGAGACGGGGGUGGCGGUGGAGGCGGGGGUGGCGGUGGAGGCGGGGGUCGGAGUGGCUCGUCCCAGCGGAGCAGCUCUGGGGGUGGUCAGCGCCAGCAGCAGCAGCAGCACAGCAGCAGCAGCCGCAGCAAGCAGCCACAGCAGCAGCAGCGCUCUCGCACCGUCCCUGGCCCUCAGCAGCUCCGUGA